AUGGCGCCCUCCAUUGUCAGCACCCUCAACCGGUCCGACCGACCCCCAAUCGGCCCCUUCUCAGAGCUGACCAUCGUCCCCAUCCCCCCGGUUAAUCCGGCCGCAUACCUACUCCAAACCGCCGGCCAGGUCGGGGCGCCUCCAUCUUCAUCACCACAGGGGACACCAUUCCCAGAGACAUUCCGCGAGCAGGCCGUGAACGCCUUCGCCAAUGUCGUCAACGUGCUGGCCCUGAAGGGAGCCACGCCGCAAGACAUCAUCAAAGUCACGAUCUUCGUCUGCGAUCUCGAUGUCUUGAAGCGCGAUAUCGUGUCUGAAGUGAUGCUGGAUUUUCUGGGUGGGGGCGUUGCAGUGGAGAAGGGUGAGCCUGUGCAUAGGCCGGCCAGCUCGCUUGUCGGCGUGGCGGCGCUCGCUGCGCCUGGUUUCUUGAUUGAGGUUGAGGCUACGGCUGUGGUUGCGAUAUAG